CGGGGGAGUAAACGGCCCAUCUGCACCUCAGCCAAGCCUGGUUGCACAACACAGACAGGGGGUAAACGUGUGCUAGAAACCGGGGGCAUCCCCAGGGUCUCUUAGUGGCAGCCUUGCAGCUCUUCAGUGGCUUCAUCGCUAGCCCACUCAGCCAAUCAACAUCGACCCUUGUGUUCCGCGACAGCCUCCUGACAACGUCGGCUUAUCCAUGCCACCAUCUCUACCCCAGCUCUCCUUUCUCAACCGACACUCGUCUUGAGCUUCAGCCUUGCCAAAUUCAAGAUGCUUUCCUUUAUCCUCAUCCAGAACCGACAGGGCAAGACUCGUCUCGCGAAAUGGUACGCCCCUUUUAGCGACGAGCAAAAGAUCAAGCUUAAAGGCGAAGUCCAUCGCCUCGUCGCGCCCCGCGAUCAAAAAUAUCAGUCCAACUUUGUCGAGUUCCGAAACAACAAGAUUGUUUACCGCCGCUACGCAGGUCUUUUCUUCUGCGCCUGCGUCGACACAAACGAUAACGAGCUCGCCUACCUCGAGGCCAUUCACUUCUUCGUCGAGGUCCUCGAUGCCUUUUUCGGAAACGUCUGCGAGCUUGAUCUUGUUUUCAACUUUUAUAAGGUCUAUGCGAUUCUUGACGAGGUGUUUUUGGCGGGCGAGAUUGAGGAGACGAGUAAACAGGUUGUGCUUACACGGUUGGAGCAUCUCGACAAGUUAGAAUAAGGACUAUGCUGGGUUGAGCUCUGAAAGGCCGUGAGAAUAGGUGGAAUGUUUUGAAGUACUGCUUCAUCUGGCCGAGAUCGUCAUUUGCAUAUCAUAAGGGCAGGCAGGAGUUGAGGCGUUUCGUGGAGGCAUCCACAAUAUCGAGAAUAUACCAUUAUCGCUGCUUUGUCCUUUUUAUUCCAAUCUCCCGCUGGAAGAGUAUUGACUUGCAUAUCUAAACGACACUUGAUCGGCUCACAUCGUCAGAUCGAUGGGGGACGAAAUCGUGCCGGAGCCAUUCAACACCAAACUGGGGAUACUACCGCCAGUGUCGAGUCUCGCUUUUUUCUUCGCUGUUUCUUCCCCAUGUUCUCGUUUUAUAUCCAACGACGCAGUCUCUGAUGAUUCUUCGGACUCUGUACCUGUAUCUACAGCAGUCUCUAUGCUCGGGAACGGGACAUCCUUCGUCGGCCAAUUCUCUAGCGCAGAUUUGGUUUUUAUAUCAUUCGCAUAUUCAUCAAACUCUCUGAUUUGACCGCAGGUCUUGAUCUUCAAUUCUCAGCAGAGGAACUUCCAAACAUGUUGUUGACUUACAUUGUGAUUGCGCCGUGGAGGCACGGCUUCAACCAAGCCAGAGGGUGGUAUGGGCUCUGGGUUCCUAUACCUGUUAGUACGAUAUCCGUACCCAUGCGAGCUGAGCAUCAUACUUGAGUUUAAAGAACUGAGACUCUAUUUCAUGUCGUAAAGAAUUCCUCUUAACUCUCAGCUGUUUUGUUUCCUCGUCCGACCCAGUGUCCUCGUCCAUAGUUUUAGCCCAUAAGGCGAUGGCCUCUUCAACCUCCAAUCCCCAAGAGUCCACAAACGAAACCCAUUGCUCAACCACUUGGCUUUGGAGACGCUCUCCUACCGUAAAGUCUUGGUGAAUGAGCCAUCUCAUGUAAAUGCUGCUCAUUCUCCUAGUCGAGAACCUCUCAGACAUAGCGUCAAACUUUUGCUCGAGCC